AUGGGGACGGUGCCCAGUCAAGAUCAGGAGGAAAAGAGGACGCAGCUGCAAGAUCGUGCUGCUCAAGAGUCGGACAAUGAGACGCUGCUCCAAGGUGUUGAUGAGAAGAAGCUGGUGCGGAAGCUGGACCUCUAUAUUAUCCCUCUUGUCAUGGCCUUGUAUCUGUUUAGUUUCUUGGACAGAGUGAAUAUUGGCAACGCUCGACUGUAUGGCCUUGAGGAAGAUCUCAACCUCUCAUCCGAGCAGUUCCAAGUCACCGUUUCCAUCCUCUUCGUCACAUACCUUCUGUUCGAGGUGCCCUCAAAUCUUGUUCUCAAGCUAUUUACCCCCCGACGGUGGAUAGCCUUCAUCGUCACGGCCUGGGGCAUCAUUGCGACUCUCACCGGAUUAGUGGAAUCAUAUGGCUCACUCAUUGCCUGCCGUCUGCUCUUGGGAGUUGUCGAGGCGGGCUUGUUCCCCGGUCUCAGCGUCUAUCUCACCUUCUUCUAUACCAAGCAUGAGCUUGCCUUGAGAAUAGGAUAUCUCUUUGUAAGCGCUGCUAUAGCGGGUGCUCUCGGCGGAUUGCUGGCGUACGGUAUUGGACACAUGGAUGGUGUUCGCGGCAUGAGUGGUUGGCGCUGGAUUUUCAUCAUUGAAGGCAUUCCAAGCGUGGUACUUGGUGUAGUCACGUUGAUUGCGCUGCCGAAUGACGCGCCAUCUGCCUAUUUUCUUACUAAAGAGGAGAAAGUAUUGAUGGAAGAGAGACAUAAGCGGGAUUAUGGCAAUACAGCCUCCAGCCGUGAGUUCAGUCGACGAGACAUGAUGAAGGCUUUUACCGACUGGAAGGUCUGGGCCUUUUCCUUUGCCCAGUUUGGAGUGGAUACCAUGCUCUACGGCUUCUCAACUUUCUUGCCCACCAUCAUCAGUGCUCUUGGUGAAUGGACCACUGCUCAAGUUCAGCUUCUCACCAUCCCGUGCUACUUUCUAGGAGCAGUGGCAUAUAUGAGCAUAGCCAUGCUCUCUGAUCGGCUCCAGAUGAGAGGAGUGUUCUGUGUCAUCUUUGGCAUGAUCAGUGUAGUCGGAUACGCCGUCCUGUUGUCUGAUUCGUCGCCCGGAGUACACUACUUUGGGUGCUUUCUUGUCGCAUGCGGACUCUAUGUCGUUGUCGGUCUUCCAAUUGCAUGGUUACCGAAUAAUACCCCUCGGUACGGCAAGAGAACGACUGCCACAGGCAUGCAACUUACCUUUGGCAACGCAUCUGGAAUCAUGUCCGCCUUUAUAUAUCCUGCGCUUGACAAACCACGCUUCAUCCGUGGUCACGCCGUUUCUCUCAGCAUGGUUGGCUUCGGCACCUGCGUGUACGCAUUCCUCUGGUUCUGGUUCUGGAGGGCUAACAAGAAUCGUGAUGCUGGGGAGUUGAGCGAAGAGCACCAGGGGCUUCCAGACGAUGAGCUUAAGGAGCUUGGUGAUGACAGCCCUCACUUCAGAUACACGAUUUAA